AUGACCUGGGACCAGAGCUCGUCCAAGUGCUUCUGUUUGCGCAUGCGGGACCUACGCGCGGAUUCCCUAUUCGAGAUCAUCCUCCUCUGCCUCCUCUCGUUUAUUAUACUCAGCUGCUGCUCGUCCGCUUCAUCGGAGGUUGAGUUACUGCUGAGGCUCGUCUGUUGUGGGAUUCCAUUUACUUCUCUGGAGCCACGCCCACAAGUAUCGAUUUAUAAAUGUAUUGAUGACUUUAACAAAGAUGAGAUACGGAAAAAUCUUGAUGGUGAUGGUGGUGGGGCUGGGAACGUGCCAAGCAUAUGGCUGUACUUGGAAUUGCAUUCCCCCACUAAGAAAAAGGAAAUCUUAAUGCAUCAUGAAGAAAAUUUCUUAUGGAGUAAGUGUAUAUGCUUUCAGAAUGCUUUCAAAACUGUAAAGUUCAAAAAAGUAUCACUAGCAUUUUAUAGGGGUUUCCUUACGAUAAUUGGAGUUGAAGCUUGCCAAUUGCACGUUUGGCUAGAUGUUUUCAGGUGA